ACGAUUCUCUGUCUCAACCCGAUCGAUAACCCUCAGCAUAACGAAGCAUGUUCUCAGCAGCGUCAACAACAGCCUGCCGGCGGGCAGUCGCAACCGCCACCGCGCAAAACUCGAAAUCACACGUCGCAUCCGCUACAUUCGCACCACAAGGCCGCAACAUCCAUUCCACCUCCAGUCCUCACAACACGGUCACAAAAAAGGACAAGGACGUCAUCUCCGGCGACAAGCGAUACCAACUCAUCAAAGAAAUGCUCUACUCGAAAGAAACUCCGUCCACCCCCGCUAAACCCCUCGGAACCCAACCACUCGACCCGCGAUCGAGUCCAGUCUCCACCGAGUCCCCGCAGGCGCAGCGGAUCGAUACCAUUGAGCGGGCGUGGACGUUGGAGAAGCAGAAGGAGGCCGUGGCAAAGGUGGCCGAGUUGAGGGGGAUGUACGAGUCCAUGAGGGAGGCUAUGGAGGAGUUGGAGAAGACGGAUACGCGGCUUUUUGAGGCGGCGAAAUCGGGAUCGGAUAGGGAGAAGGUUGUGGUGUUUCCAAAGAGGUUAAGGGUGCCGACGGAAACGCCUCCGUUGGAUGGAUGGGACUAUGAGAUGAAGGCGGCCACUCGGUAGACUCGAGGUCGUCAUGGGUAUCGGUAAAUUGAUGACAGCGGAAGGUGACUGGCAAAGGAUAGGGUUGGGAGCGAUGGUCUCGCCGUUAGGUCAUGCAGAUCUUGCGCGUUCCCAAAUGUAAAUAGUAUUACCCCAGGUGUUUAUUCCGGCGAUGGAUGGGCGCGGAAGACACAACAGGAAUGGUGUAAAGCAGAGCAAGGGCCUCCAUAGACUUAGAAGUUGAAUAACACAGCUGUGAUGAAGACCAUGUUUGGAA